ACCUCUCUCUUCUUUUCUUCAACUCCAAAUCUGAAAUCGGAUCUCUCUUUACUCUAUGUUUCAAUUUUAAUUGCUAGAGAUCUGUUAUACGCCAAAACGCAGCGUAUCGUCCUCCUCAUAGAUCUCAACCCGCUUAUACUCUCACCCGAUUCGAAUCAAUACCUAGCCGUCGUAAUCUCCGCCGCCGAGAAGCUCCUCUCAUUUCCUCCUCUCUCUGCUUCUCUCUUCUCUUUCAAGUUCUUCAUCUCUUCUUUAUCAUCUCUCUUAUCCUCCUCAAAGCUCUCUGCACUCUCAAUUCCAUCUUCCAAACUCUCGUUUGACCUCCCUACCCCUACACUCGUCUCUCUCAGACGCGCCAUCGACGUCGUUAAGCGAUGCGAACUCCAAUCGACUUCCACGUCAACAUCGCCUCGUGAGGUCAAUGUCGCGGCGUCUUUGCGACAGAUCGUUUACGAUUACGCUUGGGAACCUGUGGUUCGAGAUAUGAUUCUUGGAUUUACGGAUGGUGGAGGAGUCGAUGUCGUUAGGUCCAAUAUAGUCGUGACGUUUUCCUCAAUUUUUAGGGAUUUGAAAUGGGUUUCUGAGUUUCUUGAUGUUAAGAGUAACGAUGAGUGUUUGCGCGAGUUGGGUUUGUUCACGUCAAAGUUUGGGGAGGUUUUUGAUUUUGUGAACGACUUGUUUGAUGAUAGAGAUAUUCACUUGAGCUGGAUUGAUGUUAGCUUUGGUGAAAGAAGCGAGCGUGAAUUGAAGUCUGAGUUUUUCGAUAGUGGAGUAAGAGGAUUGGGUUGGGGACAUUGCUCUACGGAUUCGUUGGUUUUUGGUUCUUUAAACGUUCCCUUUGGAUUGAUAUACCCAACACUCGGUGUUUCGCCAAAGGUGUCUACUAGCCACAAGUUUACUGUUCAGGUCAGUCUCGAGAUUGCUGAUAUUGAUGGUAAGCCAAUGGAAUGCAAGUGCGGCGAGCUAGAGUUUUCUUCUUCUGAAAUUCUAAUUGGAGAGUUCUGCAAUGGAGUCAGUAUUAAAGCCUUGAGGAUGUGUGAUGAUCUUGUGGAACUUGAGAGGUAUACUUGUGAUACUUUUGUAGUUCAUUAAGUCUCCCAGGAAUCUGACCAAGAGAAGGAGCAGGAGAGUGGAUUCUGGGCUGAUCGAGUUCUUCAGAUACUAGAAAAGGAGACGGGUGAGAGAGUAGCGAAGAAGUCGUCACCCAUUUGGCAGAUCUUGUUAAGUUAUCUCUAUAGGGAGGGCUACUCAGCUUUGGUAUCUCUUACGAAGAGUGAUGGUAGUGCGCGGACAGGAAUCCUCAGGCCCUUCACUUUCUCCUCGGCUUUAAUAUUGGUUUUUGACAGUGGAGUCUCUCCUCAAACUGUGGAUAAUGAAGAUAGCAGUAAGAAAAGGAGUUGUAGCUAAAAUAAAAGAAAAUCAAGCAAAAAGAUUCUGAACUCACUUCAUGACAUGUGUUGGGAGGAGUUCUGCAGAUCAGUGAAAGGUUCUGAUCAAAUAGAUAUAAAGGAUGCAUAUUUUUCCAAUUUUAACAAAUCAAAGAAGUAUAAGUUUCUGAAAUGUUGGAUGAAACAGAUUAGGAAACCUAAAGGUUGCAGCUUAUCUGUGGCUAGUAAUUGCGAUGCACAGGAGGAUGUACAAACAGAUCCAGAUGACAAAAAUCACAACUCAUCUGAAGGGACAGAAAAAACUACCUCUUUACCUGUAUCUGACGAGGACAUUGCUCUGAGUGGAAAUCGUAUAUCUGUAAGGCAGGAGAAUGAUACAUCUGUUACACCACUAGAGUCAUCAGAUAUUUUCUUUGCUAGUCUUCCUAGUAAAAUCAAGCAAGGGAUUGAGUCUGAGGAAAUAGACUUGGCAGCUCUGGCCGAGCGUCUGGUCAAGUCCUGCCUUCUUCAUUCUUCUCAAAGACUUGAGAAAGAUUGUAGCUGUGAGAGUGGUAGCCACUUGUUGGUCACUGAGGAACUAACCAAAAUGUUACUGAAAGAACCGAAAGAUUUAGUUGCCAUGUUUAAGAAGAAAAAAUCAUCAUCCACGGCAAGUGAGCAGAAGUCUGAUGAAGCUUCACCCAGUAGCAUCAUUAGAGAAUACGAGCUGCAGAUUCUAUUCCGAAUGGAGAUUUUAAAAUCAGAGAUAGGUUUGGGAAGUGAGGAGUCGGUGACUCAGAAGUUUGCAAAGCAGAUUUGCAUGCUUCUUAAGGCCAUCCAGUGCAAGUUAGACGGUGGAUUCUUUAGUGAUUGGAGCCUUGAUAAAUAUGUGGACAAAAUUAUUAAAGCUAGUGACGAGGAUCUUGAAGAUAGUUUCAUGAACAAUGAAGGCAGUAGUCAAUCAGGGAGAGAUAACAUUCAUAGCAAUAUCAAGAGUCAUCAUCGUGGUCAGAGACGUAAAGAUGUUCCCGGUUCGAGUAAGAAGAACUAUUUGAAGAAAGAGACCAGGGAGUGCAGAGAAGCUAAGAAAGUAGUUGAAGCACAGAAAAGGAGGGAGAGGGCAAGAAGAUUCUCGAGUUUCACCAGUUGGAUGCCUGAUCUUUGUAGAGUUUGGGCACCGAAACAAGCGAAGAACUCUAGAGACAAAGCGGAUCAGCAAAAGAGAAUGGCCAAAAGAGAACUCUAUGACACUGUGAGACACCAGCAAGGGCGGAUCUACAGUGUCAGGUGCAGGGGCACGUGCCCCCUACUAAAUUAUAUAAACUAUUUUGUUAGAAAGGACCAUUGUGAUAUCUGUAGGUCAAAUGGUAAAGGUGCCCCCUAUCAAUCCCCGUGGACAUGGUUCGAUGCUCUCCAUGUUUCCUUAUAUUGUUUGCAUUUUAUUUUGGAGAAAAUCGCAUAAAAAACCUUGAAAGUGUCACUUACUAGCACUUUAAACCUUGAAGUUUUUUCACUAACAUUUUUAAUCUUCAAAUUGACAUUUUUAUCAUAAAAAACCUCAAAAGAAGAAAAAUGACCGGCUGAACAGGUUUAAAACAGUUUUUUUUAAAAAAAAUAUUUAUUUAAUUAAUAAAUAAACAAAAAAAUUAAUAAAAAUCAAAAAAUUUAACAAAAACUCAUAGAUUAAAAAAAAA